UAUUGUGACCAAUUUGUUCAUUUGUAAAUUAUAAUGUGUCAUCAUAUCAGACCCAAAAAUGUCGCCGGAAAGCACCUAACGUACAACUAUUACAACGUCACAUGGUCACAAUACGGUCCAUACUGGCGCCAAGCACGACGAAUGUUCAUCACGGAGCUAUUCAGUGGCAAGCGCCUCGACUCUUACGAGCACAUUCGCUCCUAUGAAUUGAGAUCAAUGCUCCACCAACUCUACCGCGUAUCCUCAGCCCGUCACCCCGUUCUCUUGAAAGACUACCUAUUCGCUUUGAACUUAAACGUGAUCAGCCGGAUGACACUCGGAAAGAGUUACCUGAAUGAGUCCGAGGGAGCAAUUUUGAGCCCGGGAGAAUUCAAGAAGAUGCUAGACGAGGUGUUCUUGCUCAGCGGGGUGUUGAACAUCGGGGAUUUGAUCCCGUGGCUCGAUUUCUUGGACUUGCAAGGGUAUAUUAAGCAGACCAAGGCAUUGAACAAGAAGUUGGAUAGGUUCUUGGAGCACGUUCUUGAUGAGCAUAUGAGUAGGAGGGUGGUAGAGGGUGACAAGUUUGUGGCUAAGGAUAUGGUGGACGUUUUGCUCCAACAUGCUGAUGAUCCUAACAUGGAAGUCAAGAUUGAGAGGCAAGGAGUAAAGGCCUUCACCCUGGAUCUCUUGGCUGGUGGGACAGAGACCUCUACAGUGACAGUGGAAUGGGCAAUUUCUGAGCUCCUAAAGAACCCAGAGGUAAUCAAGAAGGCGACAGAUGAACUAGACCGUGUGAUUGGGUAUACGAGAUGGGUAGAAGAGAAGGACAUGCCAAAUCUUCCAUACAUUCAAGCAAUAGUUAAGGAGGCAAUGAGAUUGCACCCGGUGGUGCCGACGUUGGUGCCACGCCUUUGCCGUGAGGACUGCAAGGUCGCGGGCUAUGACAUUCCAAAGGGCACUCAAGUACUAGUGAGCACCUGGACAAUUGGAAGAGAUCCGGCGCUAUGGGACAAUCCAACGGAGUUUAUUCCUGAUAGGUUCAUUGAAAGGGAUAUUGAUAUUAAAGGAUGCGAUUUCAAACUCUUACCAUUUGGUGCAGGGAGAAAAAUGUGCCCCGGUUAUAGUCUUGGGUUUAAGGUAAUUCAUGUUACCUUGGCUAAUCUCUUACAUGGGUUCAAUUGGAAAUUGUCAAAUGAUAUGAUUCCGGAGCAGCUCAACAUGGAAGAAAACUUUGGGCUUACUAUACCAAAGAAAAUCCCACUUGCCGUUGUCAUUGAGCCCAGGCUUCCAAUGCAUAUUUACUCUAUUUAAGAUUUAUUUGUUUGUUUUUGUUUUUUUUUGUUUUUUUUU